UAUAGAUCCGCACAAAACUGCAGUGGAGAUUUAAGACCUGUCCAACUGCUAUCCCGUUGGAGACAGAGCUUGGAAACAGUGUUGUGUUCGUACUGACGGUGUUUUGCAUAGCUGUACGUAGUUCUGGGCGAGUGCAGUUCAGCGGAAAACAAAAGACUGUACAAAAUGCGGUCAGUCAUCGUACUGCUCACAUACUUCUUGAUCAACCGCGACGUAGAUGCAUGGGGGGGCUUGUUCAACCGAUUCUCCCCAGAAAUGCUGGCCAACAUGGGCUAUGGUGGACACGGAGGAGGGUCGUUCUUGAGAGACGGAGAUGAGAACAUGAUAGAGGAGUACGUCAACGUUGGGGAGGACGAACCUUGUUACGGGAGAAGGUGCACUUCCAACGAGUACUGCUGCCCGGGCACUAUUUGCGUGGAUAUGGACGGAAUAGUUGGAACAUGUCUGUUGAUGUACGGAAGACGCGUCGGGGAGCUCUGCAGAAAAGACAGCGACUGUGAAUCGGGUCUGGUAUGCGCAGAGUCCGAUUCUGGACCGAACGCAAGAGUUUGUCGUCCUCCGGUGCACCAAGAUAAGCAGUACUCCGAGCCCUGUCACAUGUCGAGCGAGUGCGACAUCUCCAGAGGCCUGUGUUGCCAAUUGCAGCGGCGCCAUAGGCAAGCACCGAGGAAGGUCUGUUCGUACUUCAAGGAUCCUCUGGUGUGCAUAGGACCGGUAGCGACCGAUCAAAUCAAGAAUGCGGUCGAACACACUGCGGGUGAGAAGAGAAUUACGGGCCUGGCGAGCUUCAAGAGGCCCAUGAUGCACUAAACCAACCAACCAAUCCUCUCGGACAAAUUAACGUUUUUAAAUAAAUUCAUUCCGUUGUCUCUCACAAAAUGUAGCAACCGUUUUUUCGGGUGACGGCGAAAUCAGUCGAGAUCCGGCGGCGCGAUGAAAUACUGCGCAGAACCUAGUUUCAAGGUCACAUCUCCGUUUUCACAUAAGAACGCUCGAAUUUCGACCGAUGACGCUUUCGCCCGCUUUAGGGUUAAUCAGUUAAAUUUUCGAAAAAUAUCCUCGAUAAAGUCACCGGUAAAUUAAUCGAUAAGCGGGAUAUUUUGAUAUAUUGUUUUCAUUUUAAAUCCGAUUUUGCCGAUUGACGUCCAUAUUUGAGAAUUUAACGGAGUCGAAAACGUGUCACUAAUGACAGGAGCGUAAUACUCGAACCGCAAUUUGAAACACUCAUUGUUGUGAUGAGGGUCUUAAACAUUUUCAUUUUGUCUUGAAAUAUCAAACCACUUUUCCUGACAUUUUCGUUUUCUCGAUACCUUUAUUGUUGUUUAUUACAAGACCAAGAAGGCUAUGGAAUUUAGAGUUGACAGCUGCGACUUGUAAUAGUUGUAAAGUUAAUGUUGUGUUCGUGACUGGUUACUAAAACUUACUUCUAAAAAUCGUACGGAACCUUAUAGAGGGUACGUACUUAUUUAGAAGAGGAAAAGGUCUUCCAACGAUUAUUUUUAUUAUGACCCUGAGCACAAUACAAAAUUACGUUUAAUUACAAGACGCAUUACAAAAAAAAUGCCCUAUAUAGUCUAUAAAUCAUCCUUUCAUUCCAUGUCUUCCUUCGUUUGUCUUUCCCUUUUGUCCUGUUUUCUUCUUUUUUCCUUCAUUUUCAACUAAAUUCUUGACGUCAUGUGAUAUCGAAAAUCUCAAAAACGAAAAUGUCUAGCAAAGACACGAAUUAAAAAUUAACGGAUAUCAAUAUAAUAAAAUUAAAAUCGAAUAUAAAAUAAAAAAAAUAUUUCCGAUUAAAAAUUUUUCAAAGUAUUAGGCCGUCGAUUUUGCCAGGUGACAGUAGUUAGACAAUUUAAUUGUACGAUGGUUUUUCGAAAGCUCUUGCUGUCCCGUACGCGUUGGACUUCUUUCGAUGUUUGUGUCCUCUCUAGAACGAUAACGUCUAAUCUAUUAAUGUGCAACAAAAAACAAAAUGGCUGAGGUAUUUAUGUAACACACACAUAACACUCACACAUUACUUUAGGAUACCGAGAACGAACUUGGCCUAGAUUUUAAACUUAUGGCGGACACGCUGGUGUAACGUUUAGAGUUUUCCGUCUGUCAAUAAGAGCACGGGUGUGGCGCAUGCCGUUCAGCGCGCCACCUAGCGGUCGCGACUCGGUUGUGCGUCGCGCCUUUUAGUUAAUUUCAUAUUCGUCUAACUGUGAUGUCUUAAAGAUUUAAACGAAGGCACGCCCUCAGAGACGCAGGCAGAAAAAUAAAAGAUAUUUUCGCCAGUGGCUUCGUAUUUCCAUUUGGGUAUAAGAGAUUUUAACAAAGAUACAUAUCAUGUUAUACAUAUCAUACAUAGGUAAUUAAUUAUAACGAUAUACUGUACUUAACUUUAUUGAUGUUAUUGUGAUUGUAAACAAUUAUAAACAAUAAAUGUCUACAGCAAGUAAUAUCAUAAA